GUGCAAAACAAAAACAACAAUUCAUUGAAUGACAGUUGUUUUUGUGUGCUACCAAAAGAGUUUUAAGUUCUUUUGUCUUUUGUCCAUAAAAAACAAACUAAAUUUCAACUAAGAAAAUUUUAAUUUUCAUUACAAAAACAACUAACAACAGGAAAAUCGCAACGUGUUGCCUGCUUGAAGAAACGUUACCGUUCAACAACGCCCGAAGAAAAACAAAUUCCAGCCUUUGCCUUAGAAGAAGAACUCCCCGCAAAAACAAUGACUAAAUUUAGCGCCGACAGUGGAGUCGUUGAAACUCCAUUUCCAACUGCAGCCUUGGUGCCAAAGGCGGAGACAAGUGUUCUCAAUUUCUUGCAAAAGUAUCCGGAAUACGAUGGACGCGAUGUAACCAUUGCAAUUUUCGACUCCGGUGUGGAUCCCCGUGCAACCGGUCUCGAGACCCUGUGUGAUGGUAAGACGGUAAAGGUCAUUGAACGUUUCGAUUGUACCGGUUGUGGUGAUGUAAAUGUCACCAAGAAAGUGACUCCAGAUGACAAGGGUUUUAUUACCGGUCUUUCAGGCAGACAACUGAAGCUAACCGCUGAAAUGAUUGCUAAUAAUUCAUCACCUAAUGGUGAAUUUCGUUUGGGCUUAAAACGUUUCUACGAUCUCUGCCCAUCCAAGGUACGGGAAAAUCUCACAAAUGCCCGUAAACUUAAGGAAUGGGAUGGGCCACAUAAAACUGCCAUAGCUGAAAUUUCUAGGAAAAUCAAUGAAUUUGAAGCACAAAAUCCAGACACUUCCAAAUUAUCCUGGGAUAAAAAACUGAUCAAAGAAGAUCUAGACAAUACCCUGGAAAUGCUCAAUGCUUAUGAGAAAUAUUAUCCGGAUAUUAAAACUGCAUUUGAUUGUAUUUUAUAUGAAACGAAAAAUGGUUGGCAGGCAUGCAUUGAUAUCACCGAGAAGGGAGAUUUGGAAAAAGCCUUGCACAUUGGCGAAUACACAAAGACCCAUGAAGUCAAGAAUGUCGAUGAUUAUCUUUCGGUUUCCAUUAAUGUCCAUGAUGAGGGUGAUGUUUUGGAAAUUGUUGGAAUGUGUUCUUCCCAUGGCACUCAUGUGGCUUCCAUUGCCAGUGGCAAUCAUGCAUCAAAAGAUCUGGAUGGUGUGGCUCCCAAUGCCAAAAUUGUUUCACUAACAAUUGGUGAUGGCCGUCUCGGCUCCAUGGAGACUGGCACUGGUCUCGUACGAGCAAUGAUGAAAGUAAUGGAACUAUGUCGUACUGGACGUAAAGUCGAUGUUAUCAACAUGAGUUAUGGUGAACAUUCCCAUUGGUCUAAUUGUGGUCGCAUUGGUGAACUCAUGAGCGAGGUGGUUAAUAAGUAUGGCGUGGUGUGGGUAGCCUCAGCCGGUAAUCAUGGUCCAGCCUUGUGCACUGUGGGCACACCACCUGACAUUGCCCAGCCCUCCUGCAUUGGUGUGGGCGCCUAUGUUUCGCCACAAAUGAUGGAAGCUGAGUACGCCUUACGUGAAAAGUUACCGGCUAAUGUUUAUACCUGGACCUCCCGCGAUCCCUGCAUCGAUGGUGGUCAAGGCGUUACGGUUUGUGCUCCCGGUGGAGCCAUUACCUCGGUGCCACAAUUCACAAUGAGCAAAUCGGUUCUCAUGAACGGCACUUCCAUGGCAGCGCCUCACGUGGCCGGAGCCAUAGCUUUGCUCAUCUCGGGUCUGAAGCAACGUAACAUUGCAUAUUCACCCUUUAGCAUAAAACGUGCCAUUUGUGCUACUGCCACUAAAUUGGGUUAUGUUGAUCCUUUUGCCCAGGGUAGUGGACUUUUGAAUGUUGAAAAAGCUUUUGAGCAUUUGAUGGAACAUGAUAAGGCUCCGGAGAAUAUGUUAAGAUUUUCUGUGCGUUGUGGCCCCAACAAUGCCAAGGGUAUCCAUAUUCGAGAAGGUGUAUUGAAGAAACCCUAUGAAUUCAAUGUUAAUAUUGAGCCAAUAUUUUUCAAUGAUACCGAAGCUGCGCCAAAGGAUAAAUUCAAUUUCAAUGUCCGUUUAAAUUUGAUUUCCUCCCAGACAUUCGUUCAAUGCGGUCAAUUCCUGGAUCUCUGCUAUUCGACACGUUCAUUAGCUGUUAAAGUCGAUCCAUCGGGGCUACAGCCGGGCGUGCAUACAGCUGUAAUUCGAGCAUUUGACACAUCCUGCGUACAAAAGGGCUCAUUAUUCGAAAUACCCAUAACCGUUGUACAGCCGCACACAAUUGACUGUCAAGAGACCCGUUUGUAUCAACCGCCCGCCACCCAGAAUGGCGAUGGCAGCAUUGAAUUCCAACCGAACACCAUUCAAAGAGAGUUCAUUUUGGUGCCACCAAAGGCAACCUGGGCAGUCUUACGGAUGCGCUCAACCGAUAAAAAUCGUGACAAGGAUGUUGGCAAAUUUUUCGUACAUACCGUACAAUUGCUACCCAAGUCAUCAUGUCGUGUUUUGGAAACUAUGAAGAUUUUGUCUGUCAAUUCCGAAAAUGAAACCACAUUGGCAUUCAAGUGUCAGGAAAACAACAUACUUGAACUGUGCAUAGCCAAGUACUGGUCAAACUUUGGUAGCAGUCAUAUCAAAUAUAGUUUGGAGUUCCAUGGUAUCCAGUCGAAUAGUCCAUAUAUCAUCCAUGCCGCACGAGGUGUCCACCAAAUGGAAAUCAGCUCAUUGGUCAGCGAGGAAUUACAACCGGUGGUCCAGCUGAAAACCGCAGCUGUUGUCCUUAAACCCACUGAAGCCAAGAUAUCGCCGCUAAGUGCCACACGUGAUGUCAUUCCCGAGGGCAGGCAAAUCUAUCAGAACCUCCUGACAUAUUCACUGAACGUGGGCAAGGCCAUGGAGGUGGCCAUCUAUGCGCCCAUCUUCAACGCCGUCCUCUACGAGGCCGAGUUCGAGUCACAGCUCUGGAUGAUUUUCGAUGCCAACAAACACAUGGUGGCCUGUGGCGAUGCCAACUCGCACAAAUUCUACACCAAACUGGACAAGGGGGAGUACUGCAUUCGGCUGCAGAUACGCCACGAGAAACGUGACCUGCUGGAGAAGGUCAACGAGGCCAAUAUGGUGGCCCUGUUCAAGCUGCCGAGCAGCCUAAAUCUGGAUGUUUACGAUCAAUAUAAUCAGUGUGUGAUAGCGGGACGCAAGUUCAAUUAUUGCACCGUCAAACAGGAUUGUCCCAAGGUGUUGUACAUCGCACCAUUGGCUCAGGACAAGCUGUCAAAGGCUAAUUUACCAGCUAAUGCCGCCUGGUUGAGUGGCAGCAUUACAUUGGCCAAGGAUGAGGUGGGUCGCAAGGCGGACGUACAGGAAGUCACAUACAUUUUGAAUCCACCCGAUGCGGGGAAAAAGAAUGGUGGCGGAAGUGGUAACGGUGGUAGUUCAUCAUCGAGCGGUGCGUCCAGUUUCAGUUCGAAUGCGGCCAAUGCCAAGUCGUCAAAAACGACGACCACUGGUGGCACAUCCCCACCAGCAUCUUCAGCCAAUGCAGGUGACGCCACUGCACCAGCUUCACCCAAAAAAUCCAAAACUUCCACUGAUGAAUAUGCAGAGAGUUUGCGUGACUUCCAGUGUUCCAUGCUGACCAAGUUGGAACUUGAAAAAGCUGAAAAAAUCUACGAGGACAUAAUUGCUGGACAUCCCAAACAUUUGGCUGCUCAUUUACUUCUCAUACAGAACAUUGAAUCAUCGUCCGAAUUGAAGGCACAAUAUCCGUUUACAUUUGCCAAGUCAUUAAAUGCACCAAACAGCAGCAAUGCAACGGGAUCCGCCACCACCACCACGUCAACCACAGCUCAGGAGGAAUCAUCAUCAGCAGCAUUGUCUGGCAGUGCCAGUGGCUCUACUGGCUCCGGCUCAAGUGCCGAGGAUAAACAAAAGGAAGAUAAUCAAAAAUUGCGCAAUGCUCUCGAACGCAUUGUUUUGUUGGCGGACAAUGUCAUUAGGGACACUGAUAAAGAUGCAUUGUUGGCAUACUAUGGCAUUAAAUGCGAUACUCGUCCUGAUGCCGCAAAGAUUAAAACUCAAAUGGAUAACCAGAAGAAAAAUCUAUUGGAGGCGCUGAGCAAAAAAGGCAUUGCUGUGGCUAAAUUAUGUGUUCUGGAUAACAAUGUGAGAGAUCGCCUGGAAGAUAUCGAUAAUAUAUACACUGAAAUCAUUAAAUUUGUGGAUGCCGGAGAUUCCAAGGUAAUACAAUUCUCUCUAUGGCACGCUUAUGUCCAUGAGCAAUAUGGUCGGAUGUACAAGUACUUGCAGAAACUUUGCGAUGAGAAACGUAAUCGUGAAAACUUUGAGGAACUCUAUUUAAUUGCGGGAGCCCUAAAAUAUGAACAUUUGCAAGCGGUGGUGCAGCGUUUGACAGUGUCAACCUUUCCCCAUAGUUAUCGGUUGUUUUAAAUUGUCGUCGCAAGUGGGGGAGGAGGAGGAGAAGGAGUAGAGGAAGGCGAGAGAAGUGCAAGUUAGCUAAAAAGUAAUGGAGAGAUAGUCGUUGUGAAGUAAAGUGGCUGCGAAAAGGAUGCCACACAAACCCCCAAAAAAAUAUCUACAUAAUCAAAAAACCACCCGACAAGCAAGGAGUUGCUUCUUGGCCAUCUAACCAACCAACCAACAUGUCCUUAGAAACCACUUUAAGAACAACAAGUACCAUAAUAAUAACAGCAGCAACAACAACAUUAUCAUCAUCACUGCGAACAACCGAAACAUGAAGAGUAACACCAGCAACAGUGGUGACAACACCAACACAAACAACAACUACAGCAAUAAACAACCAUAUAACAACUAAUUCUAUUUACGCAAAGGCUUUGCGUCAUUGUGAUCAUCAAUGUGGCACAACAAUCUGCAGGAAGCAGUAAACCAACAAACAUGUCCUCCAUCCUUUAAGUUCUUCCUCCAUUGGUACCAUUGCCACAAUUAAGUUUGUAUUCUAAGCCAAUGCACAGCCAUCUAAACAAAUAACUUCAUGGAAACCCUCUGCAACACAACCUCCUCCAAUGUCUCUCCUGGUACUGGCAAAAGACAACAUGGCGUUAAAACUAUUAAGAAUGUUGACUUCAUUCUUUAGUUAUAUUAAAAGUUUUGUGAAUAUCAAAUGAACUUAUUUUUAUUCAACUUGCCACUCACUGCGAGUCGCCUCACUUGUACUUUUGUUGUGCCAACAACUUUCCACUUGGCAGGCUAUGCCUUAAACCGGGCUCAAACACCCUCACACAUAAACGCCACAAACAUGGGACAUUGUUUUACUUUGGUUUUCUGAUUUUAUUUUCCUUUUGCCCCCCAUUUGUUGGUGAACUUUUCCCCUCCCUCCUCCAGCCCCCCUCAUACUUCAAGGCAAAUAACUUUGUUGUUUUGUACCUUCAGAAGUUGUUCGCUUCAACUCUUUUUUUCACUUCGAUGCUCCUUCAGCUGCUGAUGCUGCUGCUGUUCACUUAUAAUUGAGAGUAAAAUACACACAGUAAUAACAGGCAACAAAGUAAUUAUAAACAUUUAUUAUUAACUUUUAAUCAACCUUAGAAAAAAGCAUUAACUCAAAAAGAAUAAGGAGAAAAAAAAUCAAAUAAUAAUGAACUCUGUAGAAAAAAAAAACAUAAUCUUGAAACCGGAUCCUCAUGCUGCCCUGUUCUUUGCUUAGAGUUUCGGUUUCACUUUUUUGAUUUAUUCUUUGCUUCCUAUUUUCAAAUUUACUUUCUUUCCUUUCCUUUCUUCUUCUUUGACAAAUUACAAUAAAGUUGAAUUCCUCUUUCUUUUUUUUAAUAAAACAUAUUUAAUAAACUCAAUUAUAACAAAUUUA